UGAAGAUAUACAACCAUUACACACUUCAUAUUGCCGCCUUAACUGUUUAAUUUCAAGUCCAUUCUUCUUAAACAAGGAGUAUGUUUCAACAUUGUUAAUUAUAUACAUAUAUGUAUUAUAUAUAUCAUCUUUAGGAAUCUAUAUUUGGAGAACAAGUACUUACAAGGUACGUGCGAACUACACUGUUUCAAGUACCCUAGAAUACCUUCCGAAGAACCCCACUAGAAUCUAGACGACCAGAUCCGAAGGGGCAAAAUUUCAUUCGUAGCGAAUUUCGCAACUGCAUCCAGAGCGGCCGUAGACUCCGUCGCAAACUUACUAUUUCCCGAGUCACCUUUCUUAAGUAUCCUUCUUCCGCUUAGCCACCUUGGCCACAGCUUAGUCGGAUAUUCUUCCUCUUUUCCCGACGGCAUUCGACAUUUUCUACAUCGUCGGCCUUCGCAGCUGGACUUCGACUCGGACAAGCUUCAUUCUCUUCUUACCUAGUCUAACCAACCAAUACUCCCUGUCUCUCUCUGUCAUACCCCCGAGUCGCAUCGCUCUCCUACAGUUCUCAUAAGUUAAGCUAGUCGGCCGACGAUUUCAUCAAUCCCCUCUUUCUUCAUUGGGGUUCCAAGGUGCUACCAAAAUGUCGUUCUCAAAUCUUGUUCACGAUCUUGCCAUUCGCGAUGGAAUAACGCCACGUCAACCUCGAGCCACCGCUUCAAUCUCUACUAUGGACGACCGAGCUUCCCAUAUCUCGAGGGCCACUAUGUCCUACGCGAGUACGGCAGCCACCAGCGUGAGCAUUGCUGGUGACAUUUCUAGUCAACUUCAUGGCGGUUACCACCAUCCUCUUGCUAGAUCAUGGCAGGCGGAACGGCAAUUAACUAAGUCUAUGUUAAUCUACCCUCUCUUCAUUUCAGAUAUCGACGAUGACGAAACUCUUAUCCCUUCUUUACCAGGCCAGCACCGCCGCGGUGUCAACAAAUUAAUCCCAUUUCUAGAACCUUUGGUACGAAAGGGUCUCCGGUCAGUGAUCCUUUUCGGGGUCCCACUCAAACCUGGUACCAAAGAUGCAUUAGGGACUGCUGCAGACGAUCCGAAGGGCCCGGUCAUCCAAGGUAUCCGAUUGUUGCGACAACGAUUUCCCCACCUAUUUAUUGUUGUUGACGUCUGUCUCUGCGAGUACACCUCCCAUGGGCAUUGUGGAAUCCUCAGAGACGACGCUACCUUGAACAACCAAUUAUCGGUGGAUCGAAUUUCUGAUGUUGCCAUCGCCUACGCUCAAGCUGGCGCCCACUGCAUUGCACCAUCCGACAUGAAUGAUGGCCGCAUUCGGGCUAUUAAACUUAAGCUCAUCGAGGAGGGAAUUGCGCAUAAGACUCUAUUAAUGUCAUACGCCGCCAAAUUCUCUGGUUGUCUGUAUGGUCCCUUUAGGGAUGCCGCUGGCUCGGCACCUUCGUUUGGCGACCGAAGAUGUUACCAGCUGCCACCUGGAGGGCGUGGGCUUGCCCGACGAGCCAUAGUCAGAGACAUUGGCGAGGGAGCCGAUAUUAUCAUGGUGAAGCCGGCCGCCCAGUACCUCGACAUUAUUAGUGACGCAAAGGAGCUAGGCAAGGACCUUCCAAUCGCUGCUUACCACGUUAGUGGAGAGUUUGCGAUGGUGCAUGCCGCUGCGAAGGCCGGUGUAUUCGACCUUAAGACUAUGGCGUUCGAAGUCACCGAGGGAAUACUCCGAGCUGGCGCUACCAUCAUCAUCAGCUACUUCACUCCUGAAUUCCUCGACUGGUUAGACAAUUAAUCAACCUCCUAAUGGAUGGGACCAUUGUCAAGUGCUUGUUAUUGGAGUUAAAUGGCGUUUACGGAAGCAUGGGCUUAUGCAUAUCAUGAGAGCGAGCGAGAACGACAUGACGUAUGUAGAUUUACCUGCGCUGUUUUCAAAGGUAGACAAUACCAAAAUUCAGCUAAAUGUGUAUGAAUAUACCUUUAUUAUAGAAUUGAUAACCAACCACUCAGUGAGAAAACAAUAAAUUAUAUGAUUCUACAUUG